AUGGGUGCCGUCCAGAGCCGGGAGCAAAUUGGCCUCCUCGGCGCGGAGGCGGCCGCGACGGUGACCCUGCACGUGUACGACCUGGAGAAGGCGGGCACCAUGAAUGCCCUGCUGCGCCCGAUGGGGACGGGCGCGUACCACUGCGGCGUCCAGAUCUUCGGGUGGGAGUGGAGCUACGGCAGCUCCUCUGGCGGCGGGUGCAGCAGGACGGGGAUCUUCACCGUGCGCCCGGGCUCCUCGGGCCAGCUCGUGGACUCCAUCGUCCUGGGCAGCACGCCGCUGUCGCAGCACCGCUUCUUCAGGCUAAUGUCCGAGCUGGAGGCUGAGCGGCGGGUCGUGGAGUUGCAGCGCACACUCGUCAAUGACGCGGUGGAGUGGCCAGCGAAGGACUACGACAUCUUCCUGAGGAACUGCGCCAGCUUUUGCGACGCCCUCUGCCGCCUCGUCGGCGUGGGCGGCCUCCCGGCAUGGGUCAAGAGCCUGCCAGAGGCGCUGGGCGCGGUGCGUUCGGCGACCAUCCAGGCGGCAGGGUGCCGCGGCUGCCGGCCGAGCCCGGCGAUCUGCUGCGCAGGCGGCGCGGCCUGCUGCACCGGCGGCAGCGGGCUGUGCUCGAAGCGGCACGGCCUCGCCGCGGACGGUGGCGAGCAGCGGUCGCGCCAGCCCGUGGACGUCCGCUCCGAGCUGGUGGAGGUGGCGCGCCUGCCCUGCGGCAACGCGCCCAUGCACGCCGAGCGCGCCGGUGCUUCCGGACCGCCAGAGGCGGUGUCCGCGGCCAGGCGGCGCUGCGCCACGCAGAGCCCAAAGCUUCGGAGGCAGAUCAAGCUGUGA